CUGUUUUUGACACCCAAAAAUCAAAUAGGUUUUGAUUCUUGAAUGUGGGUGUUUUGGUUUUAUAAAUCAGUUAUUAAUUGCUCAGUGCUCAAAGGUCUUCUCUUGAAUCUUUAGUUGAAUGUGGGUGUUUUGGUUUUAUUGUUUGUUACUACUUGCCAAGUGCUCGAAGGUCUUUUCUUGAAUCUUUAGUUGUUUUUGACACCCAAAACCCAAAACUUUUUGAUUCUUGAAUGUGGAUGUUUUGGUUUUAUAAAUCAGUUACUACUUUCCAAGUGUUCAACGGUCUUUUCUUGAAUCUUUAGUUGUUUCUGACACCCAAGAAACCAAAACUUUUUGAUUCUUGAAUAGGGGUGUUUUGGUUUUAUAUUAGUUAGAACUUGCCAAGUGCUCAACGAUCUUUUCUUGAAUCGUUAGUUGUUUUUCACGCCCAUUCUUGAAUCUGUAGUUGUUUUCGACACAAUUAUUUUAUUCUUGAAUAUGGUGUUAUGAUCUUUUAUUAGUUACUACUUGCCAAGUGUCCACAGGGGAAGAAAUCACCUAACAUUUUUGGUCUGCUGGAAUUUGAACCUAAAACAUCAAGAUUCUCAACCCUCGUUAUUGAUAAGUAGGCUACACCCUUGGGUGCUCUCCAUAGUGUGGAAUCAAUUAGGAUUCAUCUUUUCUGAAUUUAGUAUUUGAGAUGAUACAUGGAGUAUUCCUUUGCCUCAAUGUACAUAUGUUAAAUGAGUGUGACCUGGUCAUCAGUAUUUCACAUGAAUCUUACAUGACGUAUACAAAGUUGAUUUACUCUUGUGAAGGAGCUGAGGUUGUUUUCCACAUGGCUGCUCCAGAUUCAUCGAUCAACAACCACAAGCUCCACUAUUCCGUUAAUGUGCAAGGAACCCAGAAUAUAAUUGAUGCUUGUGUUGAGCUGAAAGUGAAAAGACUUAUUUACACCAGCUCUCCCAGUGUGGUGUUUGAUGGAGUUACUGGAAUUCUAGAUGGGGAUGAAUCACUGCCAUAUCCUGCGAAGCAUAAUGAUUCCUACUCUGCAACUAAAGCUGAAGGAGAGGCACUUGUUAUGAAGUCAAAUGGUACUAAAGGCCUGCUGACGUGCUGCAUUAGACCUAGCAGUAUUUUUGGCCCUGGUGAUAGGUUGCUAGUUCCUUCACUAGUCGCAGCUGCAAGGGCUGGAAAAUCUAAGUUCAUUAUUGGCGACGGAAAUAACCUAUAUGAUUUCACUUACGUGGAGAAUGUGGCACAUGCACAUGUGUGUGCGGAACGAGCUCUAGCAUCAGGAGGAACAGCAGCAGAGAAAGCUGCCGGGAACGCUUAUUUCGUCACAAACACGGAGUCCAUUAAGUUUUGGGAGUUCGUAUCACUUAUUCUUGAAGGUCUUGGCUAUGACAGGCCAAGUAUUAAGAUUCCUGCACCUGUCAUGAUGCCAAUUGCACAUUUGGUGGAACUGACUUAUAAGCUGUUAGCACCUUAUGGAAUGAAGGUCCCACAGUUGACUCCUUCGAGAAUAAGACUUCUCUCUAUGAGCAGAACAUUUAGUAGUUCAAAAGCAAGUGACCGACUAGGAUACGCACCUAUCGUCACACUUCAGGAGGGCAUAAGGAGGACCAUUGAAUCCUAUCCACAUCUGAGAGCUGAACACGGGUCGGGAAAGGAUGGUCCUAAAUCAUCUGCAUCUCUUUUUAAACGGUUUUUCCUCCUGGUGAUUUUCUCUCUAUUAAUUCUAAGCGUACUUGGGAUCAUUUCACCAUGGAGUUUUUUCGUCAUAGGAAUCUUAGCUGCCUUUGUUGUGUUCUUGAUAUUUGACAAAAGCAAGAAGAAUUAGAUCAUUUAGUUCAUGCAGUAUUUGGUCUAGCAUUGAUGGGAGAACAUCCAACUCUAAUAAAAAAAAAACAACGAUGGGGCGUGCAGCGUCAUUCACUCAUUGGAGCCUCACUUGAGAGAAGUUGUGUUUACAUCCUGGAGUUACUAUAUAGUAAGGUGCUUUUUACCAAGCCAGUUAUUUUAGUUUUUGUUGUAUUACCAAAUAUUGUUUAUUUUGGUACAUUGGUAAAGAGUACUAACUAAAACCUUUGAUAAGCUACAUAAGCUAUCUAUGGCUUAUUUCAUUUCAAAAGUUUUCUUUUUAUUUCUUAAAACUUGA